CAAACCGGUCUUGACUGCUGCAGACAUGCUCAAACUGCUCUCACCUCGCCUUUCCCUUCCUUGUACCUACAACUGCUACCAUUCUCCUUCGUCAAGUAUUAGGCUUAGGGUUUCCCGUCCAGCAGGUUCGAGGUUUAGGGUUUUAUAUCGGCAUUUUUCGGAACCAAUGAGCAGCUCUACCGUAGAUGCAGUAGGAGAGCCCAGUUCUAUUGCUUCCGAUUCAGGAAAUGCCGUCGGAAACACCCCAGAAGCUGACGUUCUAGUUCAGUAUAUCAUUCUCCGUCGAGAUCUAAUUGAUUCAUGGCCACUUGGAAGCAUCGUCACGCAAGGCUGUCAUGCUUCUGUAUCGGCGAUCUGGAGUCACAAGGACGACGCCCAUACCCUCGAUUACUGCAGCCUUGAGAAUAUCAAUUCCAUGCACAAGGUUACGCUGGAGGUCAAAGGAGAACCCCAGAUCUUGAACUUAUCAGAAAAACUUACAGCUGCUGGCAUUGCUCAUAAACUAUGGAUUGAACAACCUGAAAAUUUUCCCACUUGUCUUGCUACAAAGCCAUAUCCCAAGUCUAUAGUUUCAUCAUUCUUCAAGAAGUUGAAACUCUGUAAGUGAGAAUUUUCAGGUUGCAUCAACGGCAUUACAUCAAGUGAUAUUGAUUGAUGAGAGAUGAGGAUCCCCAAAGAUAUAUGUAGAAAUAUUUUCCUACUUAAUGAUUUAAUCCCUCUGCA